AUGACACCGGCGACAGUCACAGAAAACCCAGCGCCACAAGUCCAACAAUCUACAACGGAAGGCACCUUCCAAGUAGUUGAAAGGACCAAAAAGCGAAAAGGUAAAAUGAAGACUAAUAUAGACCUGAAUACAAUCAGAAAACCACCAGCCUUGCCAAGGUUUGUCCUAAAGGAUUCCGCGACAAGCGAAGAAUAUCCUAAACUAUGGAAAAGUUUCUGGGCAGAACUAAGGAAUAAAAUUAAAAACCCAAGACUGGCGGUUCAUAAAAACCGUACAAAAGGUCCAACCAUACUAGUACCGGACAAUAAGGACACCUUAGAUGCCCUGAGAGAAAAUACCUUGGUCUUGGAAAUUAUUCCGAGAAAGCCACGGUUGACUCUUAAAGGCCUAGACAGCAGCCUUAAGGACGAGGAAGUAAUUCAGGAACUGCUAGAUUGCAAUCCGGAAUUGGGUCUAACCGAGACCGAUGCACAGGACAUCAGAGUGGCCUACCACUCUGGGCCAAGAUCAGGGACGGUUACCAACUUUGUCCUUGAGGUAAGUCCUGAAAUUCUUCGAAGAAUUGAAGGAAAGAAAGCGUAUAUCGGCGGCAUACGAAGCACACUGAGUCUGAAUCAUUCAGUGUCACAGUGCUUCAAGUGCCAGAAAUACGGUCAUACGUCAAAGAAUUGUCGUGAAGAAGAAAUGACAUGUAGAAACUGUGCUGGCAGCCAUGACAGCCGAACAUGUCAGAUCAAAGAAUUUAAAUGUUGCAAUUGCAAGGGCAAACAUAAAGCAUCUAGCGACAGCUGUCCUACAAAGACAGCUGCUCUGAAGCGCCUUGCAAAGCGGACUGACUUCAGCCAACCGCUUACGACAGGAACUACAGAUAAAGAACAAUAA